GCUUAGUAUAUAUAAAUAAGUCGGAUAUUUAAUUUAAUAGAACAGAUACAGACGUGUGCUUCCAAAGCGUAUAUCGUGAAUUUUGUGUUGACAGAGUAAAAAUGAAUUCUUUUCUCUCUUUGGCCGUUUUGACGAUUGCGUUAAGCUAUGUUACAGCCUUAACCCAAGAAGAGUUGGAUAAAGUCCGAGAGCCAAUGCUCAACUUUAUUAAAGAGUGCAGUAAAGAUUAUGGCGUAUCCGACGAUGAGUUGAAAGCGAUCAAAGAAUCCGGCAAAGUCGAUGGCGUCGAGCCUUGUCUUAUUGGCUGUGUGUUUAAGAAAGCUGGUUUUAUUGACGGCGAUGCAAAAUUCUUGCCUGACAAAAUUAAGGAGCUGAGCAAGAAGUACUUGAGCAACGAAGAGGAUAUUGCCAAGUUUGGUACUAUAGUGGACACUUGUGCUGCAGCAAACGACGAACAAGUAACCGGCGGUGACCCAGCGUGCAUUAGAUCCAAACUGGUACUGGAGUGCUAUGCUAAACACAGGGAAGAAUUGCUACAGACGCGAGGUGCACUUCCAAGGUUUAUGUAUAACGUGAGUUUUGUAUCUGGAGUUAAUAUUAUAUUUAAAAUGAAUUCAUUUCUAUGUUUGGUGAUAUUGGGUAUUGCUGUUAGCAACGUUACAGCCCUGACCAACGAUGAAUUGGACAAGAUCCACGAGUCGAUGGUGGUCUUCAUCAAGGAGUGCAGCAAAGAAUUUGGCGUGUCCGAUGAUGAGCUGAAAGCAGCCAAAGAAUCCGGCAAAGUCGAUGGAGUCGAGCCUUGUCUUAUCGGAUGUGUGUUUAAGAAAGCUAAUUUUAUUGACGGCGAUGGAAAAUUCUUGCCCGACAAAGUUAAAGAGAACGCUAAGAAGUAUUUGAGCCAGGAGGAGGACCAGACCUUGUUUGGAUCAGUUGUGGACACUUGCGCCGCAGCAAAUGACGAAGAAGUGACAGACGGUGACGCAGGAUGCGUGAGAUCCAAACUCGUAUUCGAAUGUUUCAUCAAGCACAAGGGAGAUUUCAAAGUAUCCCGUUAAAGAUCAUAUUGAAUAAAUGCUGAAGAGAUUGUUAAUGAAAACGACAACGGGCCUGUAUAAAAAAUUAAGAGUAUUCACCACCAAAACAAAAUGAAUUCUUGUUGUUUCUGAAUGAAGAAUCAACUGUUUACAUAUGUACGUUUGCAAUUUAUUUUAUACUAUUUAUGUUUGAUUACUUGUAAUAAAAUGUUUUAAAGUUUUGUUUACGUUA